CAAAUUAUUAGCGCGCUUUGUUUUAUGCAUGUAAGAGGGGUAGUCUAUAGUAACCUAAACAUAUUUAAUAUUCUGCUAGAUAUAAACCUUAAUACAAAACUUAUAGACUUUGCUAGCUUCUCUCUAGAUAGAUCUCUACUACUUAUUGUAGUUACAGAGAGUUAUAGAAGACCUAGAGAUACUUAUUAUAUUAAGGCUAAUAUUUUUAUAUUUAGUUCUACGCUAUAUAUAAUUAUAAUAGGUUAG